AUGGGUGGAGAAGACAUCACUCCCAAGUUCGAGACGCUGCAGCUCCAUGCCGGCGCUGAGCCAGACCCAACCACCAAAUCCCGCGCCACACCCAUCUAUGCAACCACCUCCUUCGUCUUCAAUGACUCCGCCCACGGGGCGAGGCUAUUCGGCCUCAAGGAGUUCGGCAACAUCUACUCGCGCAUCAUGAACCCUACCGUCGACGUCCUGGAGAAGCGGAUAGCGGCACUAGAAGGCGGAGUCGCUGCGCUGGCCGCAUCUUCCGGCCAGUCGGCACAGUUCAUGGCCGUUGCUGCGCUGUGUCAUGCCGGCGACAAUAUUGUGUCGACUUCGAACCUGUACGGAGGCACCUAUAACCAGUUCAAGGUUUUCCUGCCUCGUCUGGGCGUCACGACCAAGUUUGUGCAAGGAGACGAUCCACAAGAGUUUAAGAAGUUGAUCGAUGACAAGACGAAGGUGGUAUACGCAGAGACUAUCGGCAACCCGCGAUACAACGUCCCGGAUCUCGAAGCUAUUGUGAAGGUGGCGCACGAGGCCGGGGUGCCGGUGAUGGUGGACAACACAUUUGGCGCUGGUGGGUACUUCUGCCAGCCCAUCAAGCACGGCGCAGAUAUAGUCGUUCAUAGCGCGACCAAAUGGAUUGGCGGACACGGCACAACGAUCGGCGGCGUCGUGGUGGAUGCAGGCAAUUUCGACUGGGGAUCACCAGAGGCUCGGAAACGGUUCCCGCAGAUGACUGAGCCGAGCGACGGAUACCACGGCUUGCGGUUCUGGGAUACUUUCGGUAAGUUGACGUUUAUCAUUCGGUUACGAGUGGAGGUUCUGCGUGAUCUCGGCGCGGCACUCAACCCAUUCGCGGCGCAACAGCUGCUCCUCGGUGUCGAAACACUCAGCUUGCGGUGCGAGAGACAUGCGGAGAAUGCGCUAAAGCUGGCGAAGUGGCUGGAGAAGAACGAGAAUGUAGCGUGGGUGAGCUACCCAGGCUUGGAGUCGCACAAGAGCCACAAGCUAGCGAAGAAGUACCUGCCGCGAGGCUUUGGCGGCGUGCUGUCGUUUGGCGUCAAGGGUGGCGAGAAAGCCGGCAGUCAGGUUGUAGAUAAUUUCAAGCUCAUCUCAAACCUGGCGAAUGUGGGCGAUUCGAAGACGCUGGCGAUUCACCCGUGGACUACUACACAUGAGCAGCUGACGGAGGAGGAGAGGAUAAGCAGUGGCGUGACUGAUGACCUCAUUCGGAUAUCUGUCGGCACGGAGCAUAUUGAUGAUAUCAUCGCAGACUUUGAGCAGUCGUUCAAAGCUUCUGCAACAAAGCCGCAGCAGAAUGGUGCGCCAGAGAAUGGAGAUCAACAAGGUGACCUUGACGCACCGAAGCAGCCGGCUGUGUAG